AAGCAUGAGCCAAUCACCUUUCUUCUGUCUAAAUGGUAUCAUUCUGUAAUUUUCAGAAGGGAAAGAAGAAGCUGGGUCUGCUGGAUCUGGAAGGGGCGUUAACUGCCAGAGACAGAGUCGGUAUCCAGGACUUCGUACUGCUGGACGCUCACAACAGUGAGACAGCUUUCCUGGACAACCUGAAGAAACGCUUCUCAGAGGAUCUCAUUUACACCUAUAUAGGGACGCUCCUGAUCUCGGUUAACCCGUAUAAAGAGCUGGACAUGUACAGUAAGAAGCACAUGGAUCUGUAUAUGGGGGUCAACUUUUAUGAGCUCCCACCUCACAUUUACGCGUUAGCGGAUAAUGCAUACCACACCAUGCUAACAGAGGCUAACAACCACUUCAUCCUGAUCUCUGGAGAGAGCGGCGCCGGAAAAACCGAGGCCUCCAAAAAGAUCCUGCAGUAUUACGCUGUGAGCUGCCCCAGCAGCGCCCUGCUCGACACCGUCCGAGACCGCAUGCUCAUGUCCAACCCCGUCCUGGAGGCCUUUGGAAAUGCCAAAACUCUGAAGAACGACAACUCCAGCCGCUUCGGAAAGUACAUGGACAUCCAGUUCGACAGCCAGGGAGAUGCAGUUGGGGGUCACAUCCUCAGUUACCUGCUGGAGAAAUCCCGGGUGGUCCAUCAGAACCACGGCGAGAGGAACUUCCACAUCUUCUACCAGCUGGUGGAGGGAGGAGAGGAGGACCUGCUGAGACAGCUGGGUCUGGAGAGAGACACAAAGCACUAUAAUUACCUGGCCCAGGGAGAGUGUUCCAGUGUGAUCUCCAUCAACGACAAGAACGACUGGAAAACAGUCAGGAACGCUCUCUCAGUCGUGCACUUCGAUGACACUGACAUGGAGCAUCUGUUUGGGGUCAUUGCGAGCGUCCUCCACCUGGGGAACGUCCAGUUUGAUGGAGACACUAAAGGCUAUGCAGUCCUGAACUCUAAUGCAGAACUGCGCUGGGUAUCGAAGCUGACUGGAGUCCAUGUUCAGAUUCUUCAUGAAUCUCUGACCUACAAGAGAAUUGAAGCCAGAACUGAUGAGGUGUUGUGUCCUUUCACAGUGGACCAUGCCAUCUACGUCAGAGACGCUCUGGCCAAAGCCAUUUAUGGACGCACCUUCACCUGGCUGGUUAAUCGCAUUAAUGAGUCUCUGGAGAAUCAGGUCAGGAACAUCAGAAAGACGGUUAUCGGACUGCUGGACAUCUACGGGUUUGAGGUGUUCUACGUGAACAGUUUUGAGCAGUUCUGCAUUAAUUACUGCAACGAGAAGCUGCAGCAGCUCUUCAUCCAGCUCACGCUGAAGGCCGAGCAGGAGGAGUACGAGGCCGAGGGUAUCGAGUGGGAACCUGUGCAGUUCUUCAAUAAUAAAAUUAUCUGUGAUCUGGUGGAGGAGAAACACAGAGGAAUCAUCUCAGUGCUGGAUGAGGAGUGUGUGAGACCAGGUGAUGCCACUGAUCUCACGUUUCUGGAGAAGCUGGAGGAGAAAAUGGGGAAUCAUCCUCACUUUGUAACACACAAGUUAGCAGAUAAGAAAACUCGUAAGACUCUGGACAGAGGAGAUUUCAGACUGCUUCACUACGCCGGAGAGGUCACCUACUGCGUUGUAGGCUUCAUCGACAAAAACAAUGAUCUAUUGUAUCGACACAUCAAAGAGGCGAUGCGUCAGUCUAAGAACUCGAUAAUCCGGCAGUGUUUCCUUAGUGAUGAGGUGGACAGCAGGAGAAGGCCAGAGACGGUGGCAACUCAGUUUAAGAACAGUCUGCUGGGGCUGACCGAGAUCCUGAUGGCGAAGGAGGCGUGGUACGUCCGCUGCCUCAAGUCCAACGACAACAAACAGUCAGGGAAGUUUGAUGACGUGCUGGUGAGGCACCAGGUGAAGUAUCUGGGUCUGAUGGAGCACUUGAGGGUCCGACGGGCGGGGUUCGCCUAUAGGAGGAGAUACGAGGAGUUUCUGAAGAGGUAUAAACCGUUAUGUCCGGCUACCUGGCCGCACUGGCGGGGGGUGCCUUCAGAGGGGGUGGAGAAACUAGUAAAGCACCUGGGCUACCAGCCUGAUGAGUACAAAAUGGGCAGGACUAAAAUAUUUAUCCGUUAUGCUCGGACGCUGUUCGCCACUGAAGACGCCUAUGAGAUCUGUAAACAUGAACUCGCUACGAGGAUACAGGCCAAGUAUAAGGGCUAUCGAGCUAAAGGAGAGUUUAAAAAACAAAAGGAAGCAGCCACUAAAAUAGAGACGUGCUGGAGAGGAGUUCAGGCCCGGAAAGAGAGAGAGAAACGAGCCUGGGCCGUCAAAGUCAUCAAAAAGUUUAUUAAAGGCUAUAUGACGCGCGGUCAGGCUAAAACUACGGAUAACUCAGAAUACCUGGCCUUCGUCCGACAGAGCUACCUCAACAGACUGAGAGACAACCUACCCAAGACUGUUCUGGAUAAAACCACGUGGCUCACUCCUCCACCAGUCAUGACCGAGACGUCAGCGAUGCUGCGGCAGAUUCACAUGCGCUUGAUGGUGAGGAAGUACGUGAGGGGCAUCACACCUCAGAAGAAAGCUCAGAUGCAGCUGAAAAUCAUCACCAGUGCCAUCUUUAAAGGGAAGAAGGACAGUUACCCUCAGAGCGUCGCUGUGCCUUUUGUGGACACCAGGAUCAGCGAGCAGGACAUUAACAUGCGUGUCCUGCAGACGAUACGCCACGAACGCAUCAAGUACAGCGUUCCUGUGGUGAAGUACGACCGGAACGGGUUUAAGCCCAGACCGAGGCAGCUAAUCCUCACCCAGUCUGCAGUCUACCUCAUAGAAGAGGCCAAGAUCAAACAGAGAGUGGACUAUGUCUCGCUUACAGGUGUGUCGGUCAGUAAUCUGGGGGACACCAUCAUGAUCCUGCAUGUUGCAAAUGAUGACCCCAAACAAAAGGGGGAUGUGGUGCUGCAGUGUGACCAUCUCUUUGAAGCUGUGACCAAACUGAGCGUGCUCACAAAGAAGCAGGACGCCAUCAAAGCUGUUCAGGGAAGUAUCAAGUUCCAGUUCCAUGGAGGGAAGGAGGGAUUUGUGGAUUUCAGCACAGGGCAGGAACCCAUGGUGUACAAGGGCAAGAACGGCCAUCUGACGGUGGUUGCACCACGAACGAGAGGACGAUGACCUGAAUCCUGAGGAGGAUCUGCUGCUCACACUGUUACCUCCUACAUCAGCAUCUUCAGCUUACAGCUCCUUAAAGAGGAACUCUAGUAUUUAAAUCAGCCCACAUGGAUCAAUAUCCACACAUUAGAGCAAGUUGGAACUACAUCAACAAUAUAUGUUGUUUCAUUGGGUUCAAUCCAAUUCAAGCAGAGCCACUGGAACUAAGAAUCUGUUUAUUUUCAUAUUGAGUUACCCAAGUAAUAAUUUGCUGUAAAAAAAAAGAAAAGAAAGAAAGAACAUUUACACAAUUUCAUAUUUUCCCCCAAGUACAACCAACUUAGUUUAAACAUGUUUGAGGCUUUCUGUUAUCAACUAAUGUAGCUAAGAAGCGAUGGAAGCUUAAAGAGACAGUCUCUAAGUUUGGAGAUUUGGAGACCUCUCUGGUGGGAAUGUGCAAUUGCACAGAGCAUGUGGAACAGUACUCUUAAAAGGUGCAUUUUAAUGCAGUCUCCUUUCAGAGGUUCUUCAGUUCUUACUCUGCAUUUUUUAACAAUGCAUGAGUGAACAGAAGAUUUUGAACUGAAAUUACUCAAGUUACUCAAAUAACCAGUAAAAUCUGUUGGAAAACUCCCAGGAAAACCUACCAGACCACUCUGAAUGAACUUUAGAAUGAACUAAAUAUAGGGAAAAAGUGUAAAAUGUGUAUGAAAAUCACUGUCGCACAUAGAAUCAAAUCAAUCUGAUUAAUCCCAGCCCUAGAAUGAAUAUAUAUAUAUAUAUAAUAUCUCUUAAAGACUGCUGCUUUAAAUUCCCCACAAAUUAGUACAACAUUCGUUGCAUUCACAAACUGUCACACAGUUGUUAGCUACAUAACAUUUGUGGCUCCAGUGCAAAACUAACAAAGCCAAACAGCUGCACUGAUUGGCUAACUCAUUACAUUUGAGGUACAAGAUGACAAAUUGUAAAUAUGAAUUUUGCUGAACUGUUUUAUUUAUUUUAAUAACUUUACCUGUUCUCAGCACUGCCUUACACAGAGUUUCUAUACAACUUUAACACCUAAAUUAUCAUUUAUCUCCACACACAAGUCCAUAAACUGUUCAAGAGCUAAGCUAAUCAAUCUCCUCAGCAAGCCUGAUCUAGCCAGGCUCUUUAUUCUUCAGCAGAAAUUCAGAAAUUUAAUUAAGAUCAAUAGUUUUCUAACAUUCUGUUUUUUUUUAACAUGUAUUUUCCAGAAUUUGUGACAUGAAGCCAUAUGUACAUUAGUUUUGUAUAUGAGAAAUAAAGGACGAG